AUGGAAAAAAUUACACUUUAUCGGUGUACAAGGAUUUGUCAACAGGACAACGACCCGAAUCGUACAGGGAAGGCAUCACAAAAGCACAGCCCUUUAAGACUAAAAGUGAAAAAUGACACUUUUUUCCGAGCUCAAGGUUGCUGGGUGGGACUUUUCCAGUCUUCGGUUCAUCCUCAAUGGAACACAUGGAGAUUGUAUGAUGGUUCAAAAACUAGGUCAAUCGUCCAGGCGGAUCUAAACGCAUUAGUGCAUUGGAGUGCAAAGAAAUUGAGUGAUUUCUACCUGGAUAUUAAUAUCAUCGUCAAGGCAGAGGAUUAUGAAAAUAAUGCAGAACAAUGGAAAGAUGCAGUUACGGAAGUACCUACUCGCAGUUACGUAGGACGUCGGCUCUUGGCUAGACUUUUAUAUGUUAAAUAA